AAGCUGAACUUCCUAAUGGUUGGUCAUACACACGAAGAUAUAGACCAGAUGUUUUCAAAAUUCUCCCAAGCCCUCCACCACAAGUCCGCUCCAACUGUUGGCAAGUUGUUGGAAGUUUUGAAAGCUGCAUAUAGACCUGAGAACUCCCAUUCAGAACUGCUACGAUCUGUCUGGGAUUUCAGAGCCAUGUUUUCCGGCUGCGAUGCAUUGAGAGGACAUUCUAUUCCCCAUAUUUUCAAGAUAUACAUGAAAGGCAGCCAGCUUACUUUGGCCUACAAAGACUGGCCUCUACCAGAUGAAAUGUACCGUGAAAUCCCGAUGAACUUGACAGGUAUGAACCCACAUCUGUCUGUUGUAAGGCCACUCUGUACAACCAUCGAGGAUAUUACAAGAUCCAUGUACAGAGAUCUUCCCAAAUGGAAAGAAUCGGCUCGCCUUAAACCUUCGGAAAUAGAUGACUGGGGACGCUACCUACAGUCACUGUCCACAACAGUUGAUCCUGAAGUAGAUUUUAAGGACUUUGAAAACUUCAAUGCUGCUCCAACGGAAGAAAGGAGAUUACCAGAAAAUUUGUUGGCAGCUCUCCAGAAAAGUCACCGAAAAAUAUCCAGGAAGUCCCAGGUGUCUGUCCAAAGGAAGAGGAGGACACAAUAGCUGGAUUCAAGAAUACCUCAACUAAAGAGCCCUUCAAAGCUUUCAACUUCACAUGGAUCCCUGUGUGCAAUAGGUCUGUUGACUGAUUUUGUUUGCACAUGAAAAUACGGUGUAUAUAGAUUUUGGAUGUCUUUGGACUUGUUGCAUACGUUUUCUUUGUCAUGAUGUAACAUUAUUCUGUAAUAUAUUCUUGCCCAUCUAGGA